UACAUGCCUGUAGAUGCGGAUUACUGAAAGAGAAGUUUAAAGGGAGACAGUUACCCGGACCUCACGUGAUGCAGCCAGAUCUACUCUGCCUGGCUUCUGAUUCUAUCUUCUAUUCCUUUCUAUUCUAUUCUGGUCUGUUCUUUCCAUUCCAAAAGACUAUUAUCACCGCAUUGAACCGAUUUCAGGAACAAGUGAAAUCAGCCUGGAGAAGUGACGGGAUUGGCCCCCCGGCCUCCACCCUGCAAGCCAGCCCUAAGGAUGGGUGCUGGAGGACGGUGAUGGUGGUUCUCACCCUUGUGUGAAGGACGGAGCCCUGGACGGCCAGCUUCCUGCCGCGGAGGGGGCACAGAAAUCCUUCUGCCGGGGCCUGAGCCUGGCCUGGGCGACAGGCCCUCCAUCCCGGAAUGCCCCUGCCCGAGCCCAGCGAGCAGGAGGGCGAGAGCGUGAAGGCCGGCCAGGAGCCCUGCCCUGAGUCCCCUGAGCCGGGCACAGAUGUGGUCCCUGCAGCGCCCACGAAGCCCAAGUUCUCCAAACUCAUCCUGCUGGUGGCCUCUGACAGUGGGGAUGGAGAGGACUGCGUCAUGUCGCUGGAAAUGUCUGACCCCGACGCCCUGGCCGGGAACCCCCAGAUCCUGCCGGCAGAGGAACAAGGCGAGGCGGUCCAGCCAAGCCCCCAGGCCCCUGAGCAGAACCACAGCAAGCCAGACCCAGCAACGCCCAAGCCCCUGGAGUUCCUGAGGACCCCUUUCGGGGGCCGCCUGCUGGUGCUGGAGUCCUUUCUGUACAAGCAGGAGAAAGCCGUGGGGGACAAGGUGUACUGGAAAUGCCGCGAGCACUCGGAGCUGGGCUGCCGGGGCCGGGCCAUCACCCGCGGCCCAAGGGCCACCGUCAUGCGGGACCACUGCCACCCGCCCGACAAGGAGGGCCUGGAGGCCCGGCGCCAGAGACAGAAGAAGCUGCCCAGCCCGGCCCUGCAGGAAGACCCCCAGGUGGAGGAGCCAAGGGAGGGGGUGGGCCCGGGGCUGGACGCCAAGGAGCCGGAGCCCACCCCGGGGCCUCCACUCAGCAAGCCGGCCCCCGAGGAGGAUGAGGGGCUCCGGGCCCUGUCCCUGCUGCGCCUGCCUCCCAAGAAACGCCCGACGCUGGGCGCUGGAGGGCCCCCGCCGCUGGAAUUCCUGCGGACCUGCUACGGCGGCAGCUUCCUGGUGCACCAGUCCUUCCUCUACAAGCGCGAGAAGGCCGUGGGGGACAAGGUGUACUGGACGUGCCGGGACCAUGCGCUGCACGGCUGCCGCAGCCGGGCCAUCACCCAGGGCCAGCGGGUGACCGUGAUGCGCGGCCACUGCCACCCGCCCGACGUGGAGGGCCUGGAGGCCCGGCGGCAGCAGGAGAAGGCCAUAGAGUCGCUGCAGGCCAGGCCGGGCGGCCCCGGGGGCACAGGGGACAAGCUGCUGCAGGGCGUGGACAGCCUGUUCUACCGCAGGGGGGCCGGCACCCUGACCCUCACUAGGCCCCGGCCCAGAAAGCGCUUGAAGGUCAAAGACGAGGGCCUCCCGGACCAGCCCCAAGCCCUGCAAGGAUCCCCCGCCGAGGACCAGGAUGAGGAUCCGGGAGGCCCCGAGUUCCUGAGGACGCCCCUGGGGGGCAGCUUCCUGGUGUACGAGUCCUUCCUCUACCGGCGGGAGAAGGCAGCUGGGGACAAGGUGUACUGGACGUGCCGGGACCAGGCGCGCAUGGGCUGCCGCAGCCGGGCCAUCACCCAGGGCCGCCGGGUGACUGUGAUGCGUGGCCACUGCCACCCGCCUGACCUGGGAGGCCUGGAGGCCCUGAGACAGCGGGAGAAAUGCCCCGGCUCGGCUCAGCGGGAGAGCUCAGGAGGCCCCGAGUUCCUGAAGACGCCCCUGGGGGGCAGCUUCCUGGUGUACGAGUCCUUCCUCUACCGGCGGGAGAAGGCAGCUGGGGACAAGGUGUACUGGACGUGCCGGGACCAGGCGCGCAUGGGCUGCCGCAGCCGGGCCAUCACCCAGGGCCAGCGGGUCAUGGUGAUGCGCAGACACUGCCACCCGCCCGACCUGGCGGGUCUGGAGGCCCUGAGGCAGCGGGAGCAGCUCCCCUGCCCGGCUCAGAGGGACGGCUCAGAACCCCUGCAGCCCCUGGAGUUCCUGCGCACUUCCCUCGGGGGCAGGUUCCUGGUGUACGAGUCCUUCCUUUAUAGGAAGGAGAAGGCGGCCGGGGAUAAGAUCUACUGGAUGUGCCGGGACCAGGCGCGCAUGGGCUGCCGCAGCCGGGCCAUCACCCAGGGCCAGCAGAUGACCGUGAUGCGUGGCCACUGCCAUUCGCCCGACCUGGCGGGCCUGGAGGCCCUGAGGCAGCGGGAGCGGCUCCCCAGCCCACCCCAGCAGGAGGACUCAGAAAAGAUACAACUUCUGCCUGAAGCUCAGCUGUGCUUUGAGACUUGUUCUCCUGAAAACCAAGAGAGUUACAGGAAGGUGGAAGACACCCGACUGGACAGCCAGGCCCAGUGAGGCCAGUGCCCUCACCGACGCAGCAGAGGGGAAGCUCUUGUGUCGCCAGCGUCAAGAAUGCGCCAGGUCCACGCGGGACCCCGGCACAUCCCACCCAGUUAGAUUUUGCUUGACCACAGCUCUCACUCUUCCAAAGCAUCCAUGGCACUUCCGCAGAGGUCUCCCAAGAGGGACACUUUGAUGGUGUCUCUGCGCAGCUGGCAAAGAAGAGCCCUGGGAGCUGGUGGCCCCCAGCUGUUCGUUGCGGGGGGAGGGGGGGGCGCCACAGCCAAGGCCGCAACCUUGGGAAGGUCUGAGGAGGCUCAGAGGCACCUCCCCGUCUCUGUCACUCUAGCCACAAGCACCCAUCCGCUUUCAGCGCCUGCCCACGGCUUGGCCAAGGACUUUCCUGUUGGGUGUGGUCCUGCUUCUGCUCUUUGGAGCGGCUGGUCUUGGCGGAGGCCACCUGAAGACAGAGGCGGGCAGGUUUGGGGAAGUUCCCGCCUCUUCAGGCCCAGCUGCCCUUCGCGGUGCUGGGCAGGGGCCAAGCGAGCCUUCCGGUCCUCGGCCACCUGCUGCUGGGGUGUGGCCGUCCCAAAGAGCCCAAACCAGAGUUCUGGCCACACCCUCUGUCGGGGUUUCCUUUGCUGCUUUCCAGAGUAAAUGAGACCCAGUGUCCACGAUGCCCAGCACUGGUGUGGUUCCUGGCUGAGCCUGGGUCACCCACGAUCGCCUGAGGCAGGAGGAGAGGCGGAUGCAGGUGGCCACGGGGGCGCAUUCCCCUCUGUCUGCUGGGACGGUGGGGAGCAGCGGGCUGGUGUCCUCGCACCCCAGAGGCUGCUGCUUGCUAAUGAGGGUUCCGUGCCCCCGCCCCGUAAUGGCAGAGGGGGCACAGGGCGCAGGCUCUAUCCCCUGCCGUGCUGACCACACAGUCUGCCCUCUGGCAAUGGGACAGUGACAGCUCAGCGCCCCCUCCACAGUCACUCUGCCUUUGCAUUUCCCGCAAUAAACCCUAUUUCCUAUCUCA